GUUUAGCAUUGCACUAAAUAUUUCUCUCUAUCUCUCUCUUUUUCUCUAAACCAUAAAUAUUUCUAUCUCGUACGGUAUCUAUCAAAUGGCAGCUUGUGUUGUUUCUUCUAAUGAACAGUCUGCAAUCAACGCCAUGGUUGGAAUGGUAGCUGACACAGAGGGACCGAGAGAAGUUCCACAUAAUGUGGCUGAGAUUGUAUUAGUUCGACAUGGGGAGACCACAUGGAACAACGCAGGAAGAAUUCAAGGAAGCUUAGAAUCUGAGCUUAAUGAGGCUGGAUGGAAGCAAGCCGAUGCAAUCGCAGCUAGGUUAGGAAAAGAGUUGAAACCUGCGGCCAUAUACUCAUCUGACCUCAAACGUGCUAAAAAUACCGCAGAAAUGAUUUCCAAGGCAUUCCAUAUCCCUGAGGUGAUAGAAGUGCCAGACUUGAAGGAGAGACAUGUAGGAAGCCUACAAGGUUACUACUGGAGUGAAAUUCAAGAGAAAGAACCCGAGGCUUACCUUGCUUUCUUCUCUUCCGAGAAAGACCUUGAAAUCCCUGGGGGAGGAGAGAGCUUUAAUCAACUGUGCGAGAGGUCUGUUUCUGCUCUCGAAGAAAUUGCAUCCAAACACAAAGGUGAACGAGUUAUCGUGGUGACACACGGUGGUGUUCUAAGAGCCAUUUACAUGGCGGUUACUGGUAAACCCAGUGCAGGAAAAAUAAUGAACGCAUCGAUAAAUGUAGUCCAUCUCACUGAGAAGAAAUGGGUAUUCAAGACAUGGAGUGAUGUUAGUCACCUCAAUGAAGUUGGAUUUCUCCAACGCGGAUUCAACGGGGACCCUUUCCAUCUCUAAACCUAUCAAUAAUAACUGGAACUUGGCAUUAUGAUUAUCUACGACUACUACGAGAGUGUUCGUCCAUGGCAGCAUAAAUAAUUAUUGGACGGCUUAUUUGUGUAAACUUGGUUUGUGGGAUGCAUGUGUGUUUAUUUGAAUAAAUUAGACUGCAACAUAAGUCAUAAGAUCAAUGUCUAUCAUGAAUUACCUGAGAAUAUAAAUUUCAGGUUUGCUAUCAAAUUAUCUAUGAAAAAGUACCAUUUGUUUUCAUUGAAGAUGUUUGGAGUAUGUUUAUUUGGAC